CGUCGUUCUGAAUUCUGAUGGUUCCUACCGUCCGCGACGCUGGCUGCCGACGAUGACGGCCGAGCUCGCCGUCCUUCCGGCCGAUCGGCGUUAACGCCGCCAUCUCCAACCUCCUGCCAUGCUAGCCUCCAAGCCUAGUGCGAGUCUGAUAUGAACAUAAAAUGGUCAUGCGGCCUUCUAUUCUGGCCGCCGCCCGCCGCCUCACCACCGCGGCCGUUGCGGCGGCCAUCCGCCGCGGGGACCUCGCCGGCGCCAAGGAGGCCUUCGCGUCGACGCGACUCAAGACCACGGCCACCUACAACUGCCUCCUCGCGGGGUACGCCAAGGCGCCUGGGCCCGGCCGCCUCGCCGACGCACGCCACCUGUUCGACCGAAUACCGCACCCGGACGCCGUCUCGUACAACACGCUCCUGUCCUGCCACUUCGCCAACGGCGACGUGGAUGGCGCGCGGAGGCUCUUCUCCGCGAUGCCGGUCCGGGACGUCACGUCCUGGAACACCAUGGUGUCCGGGCUGUCCAAGAACGGUGCCUUGGAGGAGGCCAAAACCGUGUUCCAGGCCAUGCCUGUGAGGAAUGCUGUUUCCUGGAAUGCAAUGGUUGCAGCACUUGCGUGCUCUGGAGAUAUGGGUGCAGCGGAGGAGUGGUUUAGGAAUGCCCCUGAGAAGAAAAAUACAAUUCUCUGGACUACCAUGGUGUCAGGGUACAUGGACGCCGGCAAUGUGGAGAAGGCCACGGAAUUCUUUGAUGCAAUGCCAGAGAGGAACUUAGUUUCUUGGAAUGCCAUGGUCUCUGGAUAUGUGAAGAAUUCACGAGCGGGUGAUGCUUUGAGGGUGUUCAAGACCAUGGUUGACAACGCCACUGUGCAGCCAAACGCAUCAACAUUAAGUAGCGUGCUUCUUGCAUGCAGUAACCUGUCAGCAGUUGAAUUUGGGAGGCAGAUACACCAGUGGUGCAUGAAGUUGCCUCUUAGUAGGAGUAUGACCGUGGGUACGCCACUUGUCAGCAUGUACUGCAAAUGCGGCAAUUUGGACGAUGCUUGCAAGCUGUUCGAUGAGAUGCACAUGAGGGAUGUAGUUGCAUGGAACACCAUGAUUUCCGGCUGUGCUCAGCACGGGGAUGGAAGGAAAGCUAUUAAAUUGUUUGGAAAAAUGAAGGACGAAGGAGUGGUGCCAGACUGGAUUACUUUUGUGGCUGUAUUGACAGCUUGUAUCCACACUGGAUUGUGCGAUUAUGGAAUGCAGUGCUUUGAAACAAUGCAGGAAAUAUAUGGAAUUGAACCCCGAAUUGAGCAUUACUCAUGUAUGGUGGAUCUUCUCUGCCGAGCUGGUCUCCUUGAGAGAGCUGUCAGCAUGAUCCGCUCAAUGCCUUUUGAGCCGCAUCCUUCUGCCUAUGGCACCCUGUUGACCGCUUGUAGAAUUUAUAAGAAUUUGGAAUUUGCCGAGUUUGCUGGUGGAAAGCUGAUUGAACAGGAUCCGCGGAACGCAGGUGCCUAUGUGCAAUUGGCAAAUAUUUAUGCUAUGGCAAAUAGGUGGGCUGACGUCUCAAGAGUAAGGAGAUGGAUGAAAGAUAAUGCGGUAGUGAAAACACCUGGAUAUAGCUGGAUCGAGAUAAAGGGUGUGAGGCAUGAGUUCAGAUCGAAUGACAGAUUGCAUCCUCAGCUUGAUUUGAUUCAUGACAAGUUGGACCGGUUGGAGGAGCUGAUGAAGGCAAUGGGUUACGUUCCUGAUCUUGAUUUUGCACUGCAUGAUGUUGAGGAGAGUCUGAAGGCACAAAUGCUGAUGAGGCACAGCGAGAAGCUCGCUAUCGCUUUUGGCCUGAUUAGCAGUCCCCCUGGGAUGACCUUGAGGAUCUUCAAGAACCUCAGGGUUUGUGGAGAUUGUCAUAAUGCAGCGAAGCUUAUCUCCAAAAUCGAGGACCGAAAAAUCAUCCUUAGGGAUACUACACGUUUCCACCACUUUAGAGGUGGGAGCUGCUCUUGUGGAGAUUACUGGUGAUACAAGGCGUAACUAGCAUGGCUGCCAUUUUCGGUAACAAUGUCAGACAUACACUGGUGUCACCAUAGGACUUGCAACACUAUCUGAUCCUUUCAACAAGAAAAAAAAUGUGGAGCAUCAGCAGUCAACAUGUGAGGUUUGAGCAGUUUGCCCUGAUGUUUUUCUUUGUGCUUUUGCUUUGGAAGAAACUUAUGCCCUCCAGGCCGUGAGAUUCAUCAGAACCUUACCAUUGACUGUUGGAGGAUGCUGAAAGAUCACGGAUAAGAUAUACUGAAGGCCUGUAAGGAUGAGUGCGUUAGAUAUACAUCUUGGUACUGCGGAGUUGAUUGUUUAGUCCCAGCACCAUCCGCAGUAUCACAAUUUGGUUCUCCAUAUUUAAUUUGCAGCCUGUGUUGUCACCUGCUGAUAUUUAAACAGUUAUUUGUUGAACUGUCUUGUCUGUUUUGGCUUCAAGAAGUUGCUGCAACCUGCAAGAGGUGGCCGAUUAAUCAAUCAUGAACUGAAAAGAUGCAAAGAAAGAGUAGAUAUCAGCAACGCGCUGUGAAAAUGUGUAAAAUGGCAAUGGAAAUGUUGCGGAGUUAUUUACUCUCAAAGGCAACAAGGGUGAACCAUUGGACAGAUGCUGCUAGCAGGACUUUGAACUUGCAGUUGCAGUAAUACAGAGGCACUCCAUCUUAGCCCUGGUACUUGGGAUUGGGAUAGAAUCUGAUGCACAGAAGUUCAUUCCCUGAAUAGAAAGGGGCUUCACAUGUCCACCUGGAUAAUCCUGCUUCAAGAUGAUGCCUCACGAACUUGCUAGAGGGUAGAGGUAGGCUGUAAUGUGGAGUAUCUUUGCAUUGGGACUUAGUCUAUUCCAGCGUUUAUAGCUGAGGCUGUAAUGAAACCCUAUUUUUUUCUCUCGCUAUUUACCCGUUAGUUCUGCUGUU